AUGCCGCACCACAUUACAAACUGCGUCUUUGCGCGCACGAGCCUGACAACCUGUGACGUCUUUGUGCGGGCCUUGGCUCACAUGAGCCCAAGGGCGGAACUAUCACCCGAAGAAUUCAUCGAAGCAGCAAGUCCAUGGUUUCUGGAUACCGAAACAGUGUGGAGUAGGGUGUUUCUCACAAGCACAGGAUGA